GAGACGCGCUCACAGAGUCACAGUACAGAGACUAGAGCGAGAGAGCAACGACGAGCAACGGAACAAGAGGGCGCGCGCGGCGAGGUGGAGGAGCAGGAGGCGACGGUUGCCAGGCAGGAGCGCCGGUCCAACGGAAUAGGACGCGGGCGCAAGUCGGGGGGCAGGGCGAGGGGUCCCAUACUCCCAUCCACUGCCUGGUCGCGCACGCCGCAGCAUCCGCCCCCGCCCUGUGAGCCGCCGUGCAGAUGAAGGUGUCUUCCAGGAGGAAGCAGCCGCCGCCGCCGCCGCAGCAGCAGCAGCGGGAAGAGGCCGAGGCCAUGGACGCCGAUGCUGGCGUCCAGGAGGUGGAGGAGGAGGAGGCGGCGGGGUGCUCGGGGAAGGCGCCCGAGGCGGAGGGCAGGACAGUGGUGGUCGGCGUGCGCGCGGACGCCGAGAGCCGGGCGCUGCUCACCUGGGUGCUCGUCAAUGUAGCCGCGCCCUUGGACCGCGUCGUCGCCGUCCACGUCGCGCUGCCGUCCGCCGCGGAGGCGCCCGACUUCGACGCCAUGCUCGCCGUCUACCAGGGCUUCUGCAACCUCAAGCAGAUCAAUCUGAAGCUGAAGAUUUGCAAGGACUCGUCGGUGCGCAAGGCGCUAGUUCGUGAGGCCAGCCUGUUGGGGGCUGCCAAGGUUGUCCUCGGCGUCGCCAAGAAGAGGCGUGCGAUCUCGUCCUCGCAUUCAGUUGCAAAGUACUGCGCAAAGAAGCUGCCCGCAAAGUGCGCGGUCCUCGCCGUGAGCAAUGGCAAGAUCGAGUUCCGGAGGGAGUCGAGUGCCCAUUCAGGCAAGGUCUCAGCAGAGGUUCUUCCGUGUGCUGACGAUGAGAUGUAUUGUGCAGUGCGGUUCCAAGCCCAUGAACCUAAGGAUGGUGGUGAGGGUGGCACCACGCAUGAUGUUGGCACCAAGGGAAGUGAAUUGGAGGACACCAUCAAACACGAACAGCUUGUCUCAAGCGUGGUCCUCCCUGCGGAUUUGGCAACGGAUCAGGUCAAGAUCGACGCAGAUCUUUCUAGCAGCAAGGCUGUAGAAUCAACUGUCAAACAGAGAGAUGAGACUGCCGAGCUUCCAGGUAAGGGUGCCAGUGUGUUGUACUGCGUGCUUCCUGGGAGAAGUAGCGAUUCUGCUGCAAGUACAUCUAGUAGGCAAGACCAGGAUUCAGUGGAUGUGCUGCCAUCUGAAGGCACCGGGGAGCUAUAUUGCUUAUUGCCCCCCAGGAAUGGCCAUUCAGUCAGGAGUUCUGGAGAUUCUAAGCGUUCAAAUGCGAGCCAAAGAGAUGAUAGACCAGCCAAUCCAUCGCCUGAAGGAGAUGGCGAUCUGGACUGCCGGCUGCCGAGGAGUGGACGACCCAGUAGGAGUUCUUCUGCCGUAUCCAUGGAAGCUGAGGACUCGCCGAAAGACGCUGCACGAAAUGCUGAAACACCCUCUAGUUCUCCAAUGUCACUGAGACGGAUGAUAGAAGGAAGAUCUGAUCGCAGCCGCCUUCCUAGAAGAAUCUUUAGACAUCAUAGAAGCUCAUCUCUUGAAUGGGCAAAAAUCUCGAUGGUUCAAUGGGCGACGAGACUUCCGAGCCGGUACACUUCAGUGCACACAGAUAGCAGAUCAUUGAAACAGGAUACAAGCCCAAGGCUGAACUGUGGUUCUGAACCCACUACAACAGCUGUUGAGCCGGAAUCAUCAUCGAUGUUUUCUUUCGCUUUCUAUGGUGUAGCAUGGCCUCCCAGUGAAUUGGAAUCGCUUCGAGAGAAGUAUUCUUCAGUCUGUAGGCUGUUCAGUUAUGAAGAACUGAAACUUGCAACUGGCAACUACUCACCUGAUAUGUUGAUUGGGAAGGGUGGAACCAGCCAAGUUUUCAAGGCACGACUCGACGAUGGAACGUUUUGUGCCGUAAAGAUUCUGAAACCCUCGGUCGAUGCAGUACAUGAGUUUGUUACGGAGAUCGAGACCGUGAGCAGCCUGCAGCACGAGAACAUCGUUGCGCUGAGGGGAUUCAGCUUCGAGAACUACAACCUUGUGCUGGCAUACGAUUACAUGCCCCAAGGGAGCCUGGACAGAGCUCUUCACGGGAAGAAUGGUGGCACGGAGUUUCUUGUUUGGGAGAGAAGAAUUAGGAUAGCGAUCGACGUCGCAAGAGCAGUUGAAUUCCUCCAUCUUGGCGGUGUCACCCAGUCUGUGAUCCAUGGAGAUGUUAAGUCUUCGAAUAUCCUCCUUUCAGAGGAUUUUGGGGCACGGCUGUGUGAUUUCGGGUUAGCGAAGCGAGUGUCUGCAUCGACUCCCCACCUAACGUGUACCGACAUCACCGGGACUUUCGGGUACAUGGCGCCCGAGUACUUUUCACACGGGACGGUCAACGAGAAGAUCGAUGUCUAUGCGUUCGGAGUCGUUCUGCUGGAGAUCAUCUCAGGAAGGAGACCCAUUACGCCGGGAAGCACGAAGGGACAAGAGAGCCUGGUUGGUUGGGCCAAGCCUUUGCUGUGCGGCGGCGGAAUUAGAGAGCUGGUUGAUCCGUUGCUGGGGAGGAACGAGUACGACUGCGAUGAGAUGGAGAGGAUGACGCUCGCCGCCUCGCUUUGCACGAGGACAUCUUCUCGCUCUCGGCCUGAGAUGUCACUGGUCCUGAGACUCCUCCAGGGCGACGACGAGGCGAUCGGCUGGGCGAGGGCGCAGGUCACGGCCAGCUUCGACGGGUCCGACGAGGAGGCUGCGGCGGCGGCCCCUGACCUGAACAUGCAGUCGCAUCUUAACCUCGCGCUCCUCGGGGUGGAGGUGGAGGACGACGACACGCUGUCGCAGUCGCAGUCGCAAUGCAGCAGCACCGUGGACACCUCGGCCGACGGCUACUGGAGCCGGUCCUCCAGUUUCGACUAGCGCUGCGGUCUGCGGGGUCUCUUUUAGUAGUAGUAGUAGUACGUUUAUGUACAGUUGGUGGCAAUUGGUGAGUUGAUUGUUCUUGUGAGUGUUGCUAAUUUAUUAGCUUGGAGUUGGUUCUGUUGUGUGGUAGAAGAUCUUAAAAAAUUAGUUCAGAUUCAGCAGAGUGUUGAUGGCAAUGCAAUUUGUUCAGAUUCGUGUUA